UGGUUUGUUCCGUCGGAUAUAGUUGUCGUGCAGUGAUCGCCUCGAGUGGUCGCGUAACUCGUUACUCCGCCACUUUGUGUGUUGACAGCUUUCUCCGUUCUGUCUUUGCGUUUCGCUCGACGAAAUUCUGACGAGUUUCCUUUGUCAACAUCGAAAACUGUCUUGCGCCUCGCAUGUCCGCGCGAUCGGCACUCGUCGACAUGUUGAGAGCUUCUUUUCUCGACGGGCCGACUCGUUAAUUUACUCAACCGAGGUCCGCCUUUUUUUUAAACAAAGUGCACUGGCGUCAUUCAAGGAGUACUUUUCCACUUUCAUCACGAUGAUUCACUAGAAAAAGAAUAGGCACACGAUUCAAAUAGCAAGAUCUGAUGGAUCUUCGCUAAUCUACUUCGAUAAAGUGCAUUUGGAACUAAGAGAUUCCGAUUGAACCCAUAAAUUAAAGUAAAGCAUCGUCAGCUGAGAACACAGAAUGGCAUCGCGCAAGAAAGUGCUACUUAAGGUUAUCAUUCUGGGCGAUUCGGGUGUGGGGAAAACAUCCCUCAUGAAUCAGUACGUCAAUAAGAAGUUCAGCAAUCAAUACAAGGCAACAAUAGGUGCUGAUUUCCUUACCAAGGAAGUGAUGGUCGACGAUAGGAUAGUUACGAUGCAGAUCUGGGACACGGCGGGACAGGAGAGAUUUCAGUCAUUGGGAGUCGCCUUCUACAGAGGCGCAGAUUGCUGCGUUCUGGUAUUUGACGUAGCAGCACCUAGUAGCUUCAAAUCAUUGGAUUCGUGGAGGGAUGAGUUUCUCAUCCAAGCAUCUCCGCGAGAUCCAGACAACUUCCCCUUUGUUGUACUUGGAAACAAGGUCGAUCUUGAGACAAGAGCGGUAUCGAGUAAGAGGGCGCAACAGUGGUGUCAAUCCAAGAACAACAUCCCUUACUUCGAGACCAGUGCAAAAGAGGCUAUUAACGUUGAGCAGGCUUUUCAAACGAUAGCUAAAAAUGCUUUAGCUCAAGAGAGCGAGGUGGAAUUGUACAAUGAGUUCCCGGACCAGAUCAAGUUGACGAACGACCAAAGGGGUAACGGUAAAGGCGAUUCCUGUGCCUGUUAGUUCGCGGAUUGAUGGAACCACGAGCGAGUUUAAAGAAACGAAGGUCAGAUCGUACACUCCGCGAGAAGGAAACGCGGAGUAAUUCACCGAGAAUCGCGCAUAGCGGCUGGAAGUGUCUCCUCGAGGAGCCUAAAGAGCGCUUCUUGGGGUCUCAUAUCUCCUUGAGAGCCGAAUUCGUUGAGUUCGCAGUGCAACUUCAAGAACUCGAUUGCGCCCUUCCUGACUCCUUCAGUUUUCGCUCCCGAGGAACUUCUUCGUGCGGUGCAAUCAAAGGAACCGCGGAUUAAUGUAUAUACAUGGGCGCAUUGUAGGAAAGGUUGAACCUGUCUUUUCUUUUAACUCGUUUAUAAAGGAAAUUCAUUAAUUGCCGAUUCUUCGCGCAGAAUACGUAUGAUCGCGAACCGAGGGACGUUUGUGAGACUUUCCGAUUGACGGCGGGGUCGGCGCUCUGUCCAUGAUGAUACCGACGAUUCCAUUAAAGAUUUCAUUUCAAGAUUCAACGGUCUACCUGGCACUCUUCCAGGACUAAAUUAACGUUCCAUACUCGAAAUACCAAGUAGCGUGCACGUCCUUUGCGUAAAUUGCUACCACUCCCGUUAGUUCGAUCAUUUCCGUUUCCUCGACACAUGAUUUGAGAUGCCGAGUAUAAGAGUAGGGCAACCAACAACUGUAUAUUAGUGUCUCAAUUUGUCACCAUCAGUUUUAAUAGAUUACUUUCAGGAAAACUUGUGAUGACUCAGUACCUUGUAGAUGAUUGUUGAUGAAUUUAACGUUGUAUCUUGCGACACCUCGAAGAAAACCUGCGGAUGUAUAAAAAGUAUACAAUUGUUAUUAACACGAGUAUAUGAAUUAUAUAAGAAUGUAAUAUUGCUACGUUACAAUGUAUAAGAGCCUUUCAUAUAUACAUGUAUAUCUUUUCUUUGAUUUAAGGCGUUACCUUGUUUAAUCGAUUGAAGUUAUUAGCUUUUAUAUGGUUAAAGUUUAGAGCGUUCUUUCAAUACUUUUUAUACCAUUCUUCUUACCUGGACAUAUUUUAUCGGCGAUCGAAAGAUAUUUUUUAAUUCGUUUCGGGCGAAUUAAUAAAUAUUUUUCAUCGUGUCAACUGAGUAUGUAAGGCAAUAAUAAAGAUACCUUGGUAUGGGUUGAUUCUGAAAAGGAACUGCGCACCUCUUGUUGCCAGGACAGGCAUUUAUACAAUUACAUCGCUUAAUUCUUUCUCGAAAGCCAAAUCUACGUUGAUAUAAUGUCAGCCACACGAGCCUUAACUUCUUCAGGGUAAGGGUACAUCGAAUUUUAUGGCCAACUUGUGCGCUCAAUUCAUGCAAAUGAUGGCACCAAACUAAAUCAAAUAUCCCCAUUCAUGAAUAAUGUGAUUACAUGUAUGGAUAAGGAGAAAUUGAUACGGUCAUGAUAAGAGAACUUUUGUUCAAACUUUAAUCAAUUGCUAUGUUAUAUGCAUCAGUAUCGAACUUAUCGAAUGAUUUGUUAAUGUAUCAUUAAUUCACACGAAGAAGUAAUAUUUUUAAACGUGUGUUUGUAGAACGUUCUAAAUUUUGAUCACGUCUAGUUGUUAAAUAUAAUUAUUCUACAUCACCGCUUUAUAUUAUGUUUACAAGAAGAAGCUCGGUUAUUUAAACAUUUUUUUAAGAAACAACGUUUUCGAAAUAUGGAAACUGUACACAAGAUACCGAUCGGUCGCGUCGAGGAAAUUUUCGCAACAAUUCUAAACCUUAGAGAUUGUUUUUGAGAACACUUGCAUGGUCCAACUGCCACUCUUGCUAAUAUUAUAAACAGAGUCGUGAUCCCCGUCGUCAUUGAGCGUUCUUUCCGCAAUAAAUUACAAGUCGACAAAAUAAAAAGUGGCGAAUUUUCAUUACAUUGUAAACGUUAUCGAUAGGAAAGGAACAUGUAUACAACUCUCAAUUGUACAAGUUUGACGUACACGAAGUAGCGGUGUAAAUUGUAAAUGUAACAUUUUCUAUCUGCAGUCCAAAACUUACAGAAAUUACGUUUCAAGUCGAGCGCGGCAUGAAUUGUAGAAACAUUCACGGCUGUCGUAUCUCAAACUUGUACAUUUGUAUGCUUGAACUAGCAAAGAAUUUAAAUGUAAUUUAAUCAUAAUUGUAAGUAAUUAGAACGUAAUUUCAUGAUUUACAAAGAUUAUAUGAAAGCAGGAAAGAAGUAACUAUCUAUUUUACGUCUCGGUGAAAUUUAAGAAGAUAAUUUAUCGAAACGUAGGAAAUGUUAUUAAACAUUUAUUUACCCUCAGAGUACAGAAUGUUCUAAAAUGCGGAUGAAAUUAUGUUCUAAUUAGCUAGUGACGUAAUGAAUCAUGCGUUUCUGUAUCUUGGUUCAAAAUCCUAUUAUAGAGACAGAGAAUGUUAUAAGUAACAAGUCUGCCAGCAUAGAGGACUCGUCACUCGUCCGUUCUCUCAUUUAAACCGACGUUUUCUCGAGGAAUGCAUUUCUAAUUAUACGAAACGUUGACUUGUAAUUCUAUUGUUUCAAAGAGGGAAUUCGUUAACCCGCUGAGGUUAACGGAGCAAACACGAGGUGUAACAUUUCAUUUCCAUUAGUACAAUAUACAUACAAAUAGAUAUUA